AAAAAAAACCGUGAAAUCAUGGCAAAAAAUAAUCUUACAGCAAUUCUUUAUGGAAUCAAUGACAUUCGAUUGGAACAAACACCAAUUGAAGAACCAAAUGAAGGCGAGGUUCUUCUUGAGAUGGGUUGCGUUGGAAUUUGUGGAUCUGACGUUCAUUAUUUAGUGGAAGGAAGAAUUGGCGAUUUUAUUGUUAAAGAGCCAAUGAUCAUUGGUCAUGAAGCUUCCGGUACAGUCGUUAAACUUGGAAAAAAUGUGAAGAAUCUUAAAGUUGGAGAUCGAGUAGCAAUUGAACCAGGUGUUUCAUGUAGAAUGUGCUCGUAUUGUAAAGAAGGACGAUAUAAUUUAUGUAAAGAUAUGAUAUUUUGUGCAACACCACCUUUUCAUGGAAAUCUUCGAAAAUUUUACAAGCAUGCUGCCGACUUUUGUUUCAAACUUCCAAAUCACAUGAGUUUGGAAGAAGGAGCUCUUUUGGAACCCUUAUCAUGUGGUGUUCACGCUUGUAAACGAGCCAAUGUUGGAAUUGGAUCAAAAGUUUUGAUUUUGGGAGCAGGACCUAUUGGUCUUGUUACUUUACUUGUUGCCAAGGCCAUGGGGGCCAGUAAAAUUGUCAUUACCGAUUUAGUUCAGGAAAGAUUGGAUAUGGCGAAAAAAUUAGGAGCGGAUGCAACAAUGUUGAUAAAGAAAGAUGUAUCGGAAAAAGAUAAUAUUAAAAAAAUUCACGAAUUAUUUGAUGGUGAACCCGAUAAAACAAUUGAUGCUUCAGGCGCUCAAUCUUCUGUUCGUUUGGCAAUUUUGGCAACUAAAUCUGGUGGUGUAGCAGUUUUAGUUGGAAUGGGUGCACCUGAGAUUCAAAUUCCACUUAUAGAUGCACUAAUUCGUGAAGUGGACAUUAGAGGCAAUUUUAGAUAUGCCAAUGACUAUAAAGAUUCAUUGGAACUUGUGGCAUCCGGAAAAGUAAACGUAAAGCCAUUAAUAACUCACAAUUUUAAAAUUGAAGAAACAGAAAAAGCUUUUAAAACAGCAAUGACACCCGAAUGUAAAUCAAUUAAAGUUAUGAUUCAUUGUAAAUAGAAAAAAAAUGUUUUAUACAAAAUGAAAUGAUACAAAAAAAAUAUGAAAUUUAUUUUAGAAAUUUAAAUGUAGAAUUUUUUUUUAAAAACUUAUUAUAAAAAAAUGCCAAGAAAAAAAAUCGUAAUGAAAAAUAUUUUCAGAAUGAUGAAGAAUUCAAUGUGAUAAUAAAUAAUUGUAAAUUUAAAACACUGUAUUUUGUAUAAAUAAAGAUUAUUUUUUAAAAUUA